UGCAACUGACAAUGGUUAAACCACAAACUGCAGACUACUACUACUAGACCUUAGCCACGAACAAACUCUCACCGAGUCUAGCCGAGACCAUAGACUGUACUAAAGGACGACCAAUACGAGAGAACUACAGUUCCCAGCACUCACUGCGCCUCCCUCUAAAGCAAACAAAGAAACACAUACACUCACACAAUAACAAUAAUGACCUAAAUAUUUCUUUAUUAUUAACAAAACAGCAAAACAAUUCAGCAAAAAUUAUGUUAGCGACAAGUAGGCCUAUAACCGCAAAAAAAGCUACGCAAAUCCUCGCGUGAUUUCACGCUCCCGGAAGUUAGACUGGCACGAGAAAGAGAGCUGACCGAGGUGCUGACUACUGCUCGUCCUGCUUCUGACUUCUAAACCGGAAUAUUUCACAUGUAGGCUGUUCCUACAUGUUUGACUUUUAACAACGAUACAUCAUCUAAGAAUUUGGGAAGAUGGAUGAAGAGUCAUCCUCCUGUGUCACCAACACCCACAACUCCCGCAGCAGCAGCCCUCCCAGUACCACACCUGGCAGUGCUCCACAAUGCAACGGGGUUACAGAGUGCAGGACCCUGCUGCGGAUGUCUGAGUCACAUGGACUGCAGCUGCUGGGCAUGCUCAGAUCAUUGAGGGAGCGAGGCUUGAUGUUUGACUUCACCAUUAAGGUCCAGGAACACAGUUUUCCCUGCCAUCGCUGUGUCCUCGCAGCAUGCAGUGAUUUCUUCAGGGCCAUGUUUGAGGUGGACAUGCGUGAGCGUGAUGAUGGUUCAGUAACUCUGAGUAACCAGUGUCCGGUGGCAGUGGGUUCUUUCCUGGACUUUGCCUAUUCUGGAGAAGCCCUCAUCACUGAUGGCAAUGUGGACGUGCUGUUUCAGCUUGCUUCUUUCCUGCAGGUGCCAGUCCUGUCCCGAGCCUGCAGCUCCUUCCUGAUAGGAAACAUGGAUCUUUGUAACUGUCUGUCCCUCUUCUCCCUUGCUGAGGCCUACGGCUCAGCCUCCCUCCUCCAAAGUGCCAAAGAGUUUGUGGUUCAGAACUUCUCUGACCUUUCCGAAACCCAGGACUUUCUGGAUAUGCAGGUGAAUGUGUUGGAAGCAUGCCUAAGGUCAGAUGCUCUAAACGUGCCCAGUGAGGAGGCUGUGGUGAAGUCACUUUUUAGAUGGAUACGCCAUGAUCUCCCAGGAAGACAAAAGCUGUUGCCGGGCCUGUUAUCUCUAACCAGACUCCACCAUCUACCUGCACCUGCACUAAAGACCCUGCCUGAUUCAGAGCCUCUCCUCUGCGAGAGUGAGGGCUGCCUCGCCCUGCUCUCAGAGGCUCAGAGCAGACAGGAUCAGUACAGCAGCUUGCUCACUGAUGCCAGGCCGGCCACCACGCAGAGCUACAUCUACAUCCACAAGACAGAGGAGAACGGAGAGAUCCGCCAUACCUUCUGCUACUGUCUGGAAACAGACCAGUGGAAAGAUCUGGGAACAGGGUGCGGAGAGGGGAAAGCGGGGAUGCCAGACCCACCGGGAUCCUGCCUUACCAGCUAUGCUGAGAAGAUGUUUGUGACAGGCGGUUGCCGUGGUAACUGCUGCCGGGCAAUCCGUCUCCAUGUGGCCGAGCCGUUCCAUGACGCCACGGACGAGGUUUGGUGCUUCUGCCCCGUGACCCUAACGUGCACGCCUGCUCCAGCGAUGCUGAAGCCCAGGACCACUCACGCAGCUGUAACCUGCCUGGACCGAGUGUACGUCAUUGGAGGACGGACCAAGGGAUCCAGAGGGGGAGCUCCCAGCCUGCUGGAGGUGGAGUAUUACAACCCUCUGACCCAGACCUGGUGCUCAGUUAGCCCGCUGCCUACUGCCAUCUUCUAUCCUGAAGCUAGUGCUUGUGGCACUGUUAUCUAUACGCUGGGGUCAGAGGUGGAGAUCACAGACUCCUUUAACCCCUCACUGGACUGCUUCUACUGCUAUGAUGCCCAGAAGGACCAGUGGAGCCGCCUGGUGGCAGAGUUUGGCCAGUUCUUCCACGCUACACUGGUCAAAGCAGUGUCAAUUAAUAAUACACUGCACCUCUGUGACCUGUCCACUUAUAAGGUGUACAGUUUUUGUCCAGAGACCUGUGUUUGGAAGGGUGAAGGGUCAUUUGAGUGUGCUGGGUUCAAUGCUGGAGCAGUUGGUAUGAGAGACAGAAUCUACAUCCUGGGUGGAGACUACUCACCUGACGAGAUCACUGAUGAAGUUCAGGUGUACCACAGUGGGAGGAGUCAGUGGGAGGAAGUGGCUCCGAUGCCCAGAGCGCUCACUGAGUUCCACUGCCAGCUCAUCAGCUUCAACAGAUACAGAGACCCAUGGGCUGACACAGCCUGAUACACAUAGACACCCACACACACACACACACACACUCUCAUGAACACAAUGCGAGUGGAUAUACAUCUGUGUCACAUGUGUCACUAAUGUAAGCAAGUACCUAUGAGUCUAUCCUGUGCAAGGCGGACAGCUGACUGAGCUAACACCUCAAGAGAGAAUGACUUCAACUAACACCACCAUCUUUCACAGAUCAUUGUAACAUGAGAACACCCGAGAGAGCCAAAUGAGUUAUUUAUUUUUUUAUUUAAAGAUUUGAUCCUGACCUUUGCUUGUGUGAAGCACCUGAUUUCUUUGGAUCUUUGUUGUGUCAAUCAAAAUAUGGUCCUCCCAUGGAGGAACACUAUUGAGCAGAAGACUAUUUUAGAAAUCCUAUUUUAGUAACUGAAACUCUUUUCCUGCUUAGGUGUGUGUAAAAAGGAGAAUUCACCCACAGAAGAACUAACAGUAUCUGUAAAUUUAUCAGCUUGAAUAUAGAAAAGACUUCUGUUAUGUAACACUUUUGAGGCUCUAUUUACAGGGUUUAGGACAAAUUCAGUUUCCAUUUCAUGCAUUUGUAGAUUUUGCAGCCUGAAAGGAUCGUUAUUUUGUUCUGGCAAAAAUACACAAAAGUCAUGUAAGGAAAAUUCACAAGAUAAAUGAAUAGUGGACUGUUUGAACGUCA